UUGAGGGGAGACUCAACUUUGCGUGGCCAUUUUCCUGAGGAACCAGAUGCUGCUGUUUCGGUGUUAGGUGAAAUGGAUGCAUGGAUAAUUUGUUCCUUUUUCCUUCAAGGAGGCCGCUACACUAUCAAUGACAUACACUAUGUUGCUGAUUCUGAUACGCUUGUUCCUGCAGGGGACACAGAGUUUGCUAAAGAUGCUGCCUUUGGCUACAAAUCUUCGAAUCUGCGUGAUUGGGUAGAAGAGAAGACUGGUGGUCGAAUACCUGCAUCCACUGUUGCUUCUGUUUCCAUUGAACUUUUGAGGAAAGGAGGACCAGAUGCAGUUUGCCAGCAUCUAUACAGUCUAAAAAAGGGUUCAGCAUGUGUAGUUAAUGCAACUAGUGAAAGAGACAUGGCUGUAUUUGCACUUGAAAUGAUCAAGGCAGAAUUGAUGGAAAAACACUUCUUAUGUCGUACUGCUGCUAGUUUUGUUUCUUCUCGAAUUGGAAUUAUCUCGAGGCCCCCAAUAUUGCCAAAGGAUCUAGGAAUUACUAGAGAAAGGAAUGGUAGUUUGAUAGUUGUGGGAUCAUAUGUUCCAAAAACAACAAAGCAGGUUGAAGAACUUAAAUUACAGUGUGGUCAUUUCUUGAAAAGCAUUGAGGUCUCAGUUGAAAAACUUGCAAUGAGGCCUGUCGAGGAGCGGGAGGAGGAAGUCAGUCGAGCAGCUGAAAUAGCAGAUGCAUACCUUAAAGCUCAUAAAGACACCCUUAUAAUGACCAGCCAGAAUCUCAUAACUGGAAAAAUUGCCUCUGAAAGUUUGGACAUUAAUUUUAAAGUGAGCUCUGCUUUAGUGGAAAUAGUGAAAAGAAUAAUUACAAAACCUCGCUAUAUACUCGCAAAGGUACAUGUUUAAAGGACCUAGUCAACCUGCAUUUUGGUAUGAAAAAUUUCAUAUUCCUUUUUUCCUUGUCUAUUUUCCUUUCAUAUUCCAAAAUAGGCACUACACUCAUAUGAGCUUCUCAAUGUAUUAUCUCUUAGAUAUUUGAUUUGUUUGACACAAAGCACAAUGGGAUACUUGGUUUCGAAGAGUUUGCUCGUGCUCUCUCAGUUUUUCAGUUUGCAUAUCAACAUUAGAGUUCUUAUAGUAGUUCACUUGGAUCACCAGUUUGUCCUUUUUAUUGCUCCUAUUCUGGUUUCAUGGUAACAUACCAGUUAUUAUUCCUUUGAAUAAUUCAUUAAUUAAUUCAUUAAUAAGCAUUUUGUUGUGUUAGUUGUUC